GGAACCGCGGCGUGGGGCAGCUAUGGCGCUGUUCCAUAUAGCGCGGUACGCCGGCCCAGAGGCUGCGGGGCAGGGGGAUACGGACGCAGAGGCGGGCAGCCGGGCUCGAGUGCUGCUCGAGCGGCUGCAGAAUAGAGCCCGUGAGCGACAGCAGCGGGAGCCAGAGCUCGAGUCCACCGGAACGGCCGGGAAAGGGGAAGCGGCAGGCAAGCGGCGACGGCGGCCCCGACGGCGGCGUAGGGUGAGCGGUUCGGCGACUCCGAACCCGGAGACUCCUAGGGCGAAGCGGCGGAAAGCGGACAAGGACGUGGACGCAGGGAGAGGUGAGGAGGCUACGGAGGAGCUCAGUGCCGGCGCAGAGGACCCGGGUGCGAACCCUCAGGAGGAUGUCCAGAGACCUCCGGCUCCAGGCCGCGUUCUGGGGGACUUUGCAAGAAGGAAGACGCCUAAGGUUCAGCCUUUCCUGCCAGCAUGGUUGGCUAAGCCAAGCUGUGUCAAAAAGAGUGUCACUGAGGAUCUCACUCCCAUUGAGGACAUCCCUGAGGUUCACCCUGACCUGCAGAAGCAGUUGAGAGCAAAUGGCAUCACUUCCUACUUUCCAGUCCAGGCAGCUGUGAUUCCCGCCCUCCUCGAAAGUGCUGACCAUGGGUUUCUCAUAGGCAGAGGUGGCUACCAACCUAGUGACCUCUGCGUCUCUGCCCCAACGGGCAGUGGGAAAACACUGGCCUUUGUCAUCCCCGUGGUACAGGCCCUGUUGCAUCGAGUGGUCUGCCACAUCCGUGCACUGGUUGUACUGCCCACUAAGGAGCUGGCCCAACAGGUGAGCAAAGUAUUCAACAUCUACACAGACACCACGCCUCUGCGGGUUGCCUUGGUGACUGGACAGAAGUCGCUGGCCAGGGAGCAGGAGAGCCUUGUCCAGAAGACAGCAGAUGGUUUCCGUUGCCUGGCCGACAUUGUGGUGGCCACACCUGGCCGCUUGGUGGACCACAUUGACCAGACUCCAGGGUUCAGCCUCCAGCAGCUCCGCUUCCUGAUCAUUGAUGAGGCUGACCGGAUGAUAGACAGCAUGCACCAGUCCUGGCUGCCACGCGUGGUGGCAGCAGCCUUCUACAGUGAGGGCCCCACGGGUUCCUGUGCCCUGCUCCAGAGGACACAGCCCCAGGCUGUGACUGCUGCCAGCACUUGUGUCCCCCAAAUGCCUCUGCAGAAGCUACUGUUCUCAGCCACACUGACCCAGGACCCCGAGAAGCUGCAGCGCCUUGGCCUCUACCAGCCACGGCUUUUCUCCACAAGGCUGGGACAACAAAGCCCUAAAGACACAGCUGAGGUGGAUGAAAACUCAGGGAAGUACACCUUCCCCGUGGGGCUCACGCAUCACUAUGUACCGUGUAGACUCAGCUCGAAGCCACUCAUUGUCUUACACCUGGUCCUCAGGAUGAGCUGCUCAAGGGCUCUUUGCUUCACCAACUCCCGAGAAAACUCCCACAGGCUGUUCCUAUUAGCACAAGCUUUUGGGGGUGUGAGUGUGGCUGAAUUCUCCUCCCGCUAUGGGCCUGGCCAAAGGAAGAAAAUCUUGAAGCAGUUUGAACAAGGAAAGAUUCAGCUCCUUAUCAGCACAGAUGCUACUGCUCGAGGCAUUGAUGUGCAGGGUGUGGAGCUGGUGAUCAACUACGAUGCCCCACAAUACCUGAGGACCUAUGUGCACAGGGUCGGGAGAACAGCCCGAGCCGGGAAAACUGGACAGGCAUUCACACUUCUCUUGAAAGUGCAGGAAAGGAAGUUCCUUCAGAUGGUGUCAGAAGCUGGGGUGCCUGAGCUGACACUCCAUGAGAUCCCCAGGAAGCUCCUGCAGCCACUGGUUGCUCGUUACGAGACAGCCUUGUCUCAGCUGGAGAAAACUGUCAAGGAGGAGCAGAAGCUGAAGGCAGCCUAGAUGAGAACAGGGCCCUGGAGGGAAGAUCGUGCGAACAGAAGAGAAGUUCCUUGGGGUUCCAGUGGAAACAACCCUUCUCCCCACUACCGUGGGCAUCUGGUCGUCUUGGGUGAGGCAGCCUAGAUGGUGGCCUCGUCCUGAAAAGUAAGGCUCUCAGGUUGGACUGCUGGUGUCCAGUUGGUCUUGGGAAUUAAGCUCAGGUGGAGCUGAAGGGUGCCUUCUGGAGUGUGAGCAAACACUAUGGUGACUGCUGAUUAAAGUGCUUAUGCAUUAGCAUUUCCUGUCUACAGAGAAGCUCUGGUGAGCCUGCCCCAGGCAAGUCAUUAGAGCCCAAGAACAGGUUGGCAGCAGCCUUGAAGAUACUUCCUUGGCUACUAGUCUUCAAGAUUGUACUUUAUAAUUAGCCACCCAUCCAUUUAAGUUCUUAAUUGAUGGGAGAGUCCUUCCCUGAAUAUAGUCAAGGAGAAUUAGUGCUUACCUGUGCUUUUAAGAAGGCCUGUUUUUAAAAAGUUGGUGUAUCAAAAAAGAUAAACAUUUUCAUUUGUAUCCAGAAAAAAAUAAAUGGACCACUUGAAC